AUGGCGUGCUCUCCACGUUGCACGAUCGUCGCAGCUCGGUUUAGCUUCGUAGCUAUUUGUGAUUAUGGACUCCUGGACCAUUCUACGGGUGCGCAUUCCAAGACUUCCGAAGACCAAGCAUCUCCAUCAAGCUUCUCAUGUGUUCCAUUCUUGGGUGCAACGCCAUGGACGCCAAGAAUGAUUCAGAAGACGGUGGCCGCGUAUAAGGGGGGGUACACCCAGAUUUAG